AUGACAGCACCACAGAAACAAGUCACGCAUGCACAGCAGCAAACAACAGAGCCCCCUAAGCCGACUUCAGAUUCAACACCUUAUGCGCCCCUGACAACAUCACAGGAACCAGCACCAACCACACCGCAGGCCCUAGAACCGAUGGAAAACCAGACAACCCUAAACACGACUACAACAAACAGUCAACCAACCAGCCCCCACAAAUCGCCUAGUAAGCCAACAACCUCCAAUACAAGCAUGACGAAAUCGCCAACCAUCAAAACAACUGCACCAAAAAUCCUCAUACCAAACUUUGCUGCAUCAUCCUCGCUGAGCCCAAACUCUUUCAAGUUUACAGCGACGCCAACCUCUACAAUUAACAACCCCAGCCUAAAUGUGGAAAUGAGCGACGGCACAAACUCAAAAAGAAAAAAAGAACACAGCCCUACAGACGCGAAGCAGUCGACAAAAAAUCUAAAAACCCAAAAAUCGGGAUAUAACAGCAAAAGAUGCAGAUUUUGCACUCAGAAAUACAAAUCAAUCGAAGAUAGGCAAGAACACGAGGUUUCAGCACACCAGGAACUCUUAAUGUGUCACAUAUGCAACAGCGAGUGUGGAUACAUGGACAUAUCCCAGCACUACAAAGAGUACCAUCCCGACGAAACUACGUAUAUCUGCCACCAUUGCAGAAUAUGCCUCCCUCUAAAGGGUAUGAAGGUUCACACAAAGAAUCAUCAUCCGUGA